UGGGGGUGAGGCCUUGCUGUCCUGCUGGUCUGGGGCUGCUGGCUUGCAGGGGGCGGGACCUCCGCUGGUGCAUGGCCCCGGGGCUCAGAGCCCAUGCAGCAGCAGCCCCCCUGCUGUGCAGCUGCUGCUGGUGUGCCCCACUCCUCCCCCACCCUGGUUACACAGACCUUUCCUGCUGAGCGGGCCAGCCCCCUGCCUGGGGGUGAAGGCGGGGACGUCUCCCCCGGAUCCUUCUGCCUCCCCUGAAGAGGACCAAGAGCUGGCCCAGGCAGGGAGGCCGAGGGGAUGGCCCCCGGACCCCCGAGAUCCCCAUGGCAGGAGUCACUGACAUUCAAGGAUGUGGCAGUGGACUUCACCCAGGAGGAGUGGGGCCUCUUGGACCAUUCCCAGAAACAGCUCUACAAGGAGGUGAUGCUGGAAAACUCUCAGAACCUGCUCUCCCUGGGAAUCCCAGUUCUUAGAGAAGACUUGAUCUCCCAUUUUGAGGACAGGGAAGCAUCAUGGAUCCUGGAUCAAAAAGGCCCAAGGACGUCCUGUCCAGGUGAGUGA